GGCGCUGCUGGCGGAGGUGCUUCGGCGGAGGCGCCGGGGGGAAGGUGGCGCUGGGGCCGAGCUCCCUCCGGCGGACCCGCCAUGUGAGGAGACUCCGAGGCCCUUCAGGGUACAGUUGACACCAGAAGACAUGGACAGCGGCAGCUUCAUCCAGUUUGAUGUUCCUGAGUACAGCAGCACCGUACUGAGCCAGCUGAAUGAGCUUCGCCUGCAGGGGAAGCUAUGUGAUAUCAUUGUGCAUAUCCAGGGUCAACCAUUCAGAGCCCACAAAGCUGUCCUCGCUGCCAGUUCUCCCUACUUCCGUGACCAUUCAGCGUUAAGUACCAUGAGCGGCCUGUCAAUAUCAGUUAUCAAGAACCCCAGCGUCUUUGAACAGUUGCUUUCUUUUUGUUACACUGGAAGGAUGUCCUUGCAGCUCAAGGAUGUUGUUAGUUUUUUAACCGCAGCUAGUUUUCUGCAGAUGCAGUGCGUCAUUGAUAAGUGCACACAGAUACUCGAAAGCAUCCAUUCGAAGAUCAGCGUCGGCGAAGUCGACUCUGUCACUGUCGGGGCUGAAGACACUGCAGAAAACCACAACGGGGUCAAGGACAGCAGCUUCUUUGCCAAUCCAGUCGAGAUCUCUCCUCCCUAUUGCUCUCAGGUGCGGCAGUCAACGUCGGGCAGCGAUUUAAGAAUGGAAACAACCCCGACCAAGGUUCUGCGUAACCGUCUGCAGGAAGAAGGCCAGUCAGAUCGUGGAAGUAGCGGAAGCGUUUCGGAAUAUGAAGUUCAGAUUGAAGGGGAUAACGAUCCAGGGGACUUGGUAGUAAGAGAGAGCCAGGCUGCCGAGGUGAAAGUUAAAAUGGAAAAAUCUGACCGGCCGAGUUGCUCGGAUAGCUCUUCGCUCGGCGAUGAUGGGUACCACACUGAAAUGGUAGAUGGAGAGCAGGUAGUGGCCGUCAACGUUGGCUCUUACGGCUCUGUAUUGCAGAAUGCUUAUUCGUACUCCCAUAGUUCAUCCCAGUCUGCUGGUGUACUUGAGGGCUUCAGCAGAAACUCCAGCUCAUCCAGGUCCAUGCUAGGCUCUUUCCGAGGUCGUGGGCGUCAGAAACGGGUAUCUGCUAGUCACUUGCAUAGUGACGUUCCAGGCCUGAUGCAGGGAGCCGAUGGUGAACCUACAGGAAGUCACCUUGGUUAUGAAAGUAGUCCACGGGAAAGGAAUUCAAGAGGUCACUUUUAUGCAUACAGUGAGAGGUUGAUCUGUAUAUACUGUGGGAAGUCUUUCAAUCAGAAAGGGAGCCUUGACCGACACAUGAGGCUACACAUGGGAAUAACCCCCUUUGUGUGCAAGUAUUGUGGGAAAAAGUACACACGCAAGGACCAACUUGAAUACCAUAUCCGUGGUCACACAGACGACAAGCCUUUCCGCUGCGAGGUCUGCGGGAAAUGUUUUCCUUUUCAAGGGACUCUAAACCAGCACCUGCGAAAGAACCAUCCUGGCGUAGCUGAAGUAAGAAGCAGGAUAGAAUCUCCAGAAAGAACAGACGCUUACAUGGAACAGAGAGACGAUGAUGCGUCAGCCUCCGAAACUUUGGAUUACAGCAUGGACAUCCACACAUCUGAUUAAGAGGCGGUGUGUCCCUCAGUGCAACCCAAACAAAGCACAUUGAUAAAUGCAUUUCCUUUCUAUUGCUUUGGUAGCUUUCAUAAAAAAGAUAUAACAGCAUUUUAACUUUUUUUUAAUUUUACAAGUUUUGUCAGUGUUGUUCCUGGGUAGGAUGCUACUGUUCUGUUUUCCCGUAGCUUUGGAGGAAAAAAAGGUUCGAUUUACUCUUUGGAAAAAGGGCUGAAUGUUAUAGAAGCAAUGCGCUUGGAACAGGGGUGGGAUUCCAAGAGUGAAAGACGCGGGGGGGAAGAUAUUGUUGGCUGGUAGACCCAGGGAGUGUGUUCUCUCGUGCUGUGCUUUGCGCAGCCCAGUCCUAUGCAUGUUUACUUAAAAGUAAAUCCCACUGAAUCCAAUGUGACUUACUCCCAGGUUGUGUGCUAGGAUUGCAGCCUUAACCAAACACGUUACGUAGGAGCAUGGAAAUGCCUACCAGAGUCUCAUCCAUGUGUCAUAUUGAGUUGUGGGGUUUUGUUUUUGUUUUUUUGUUUUUUUCUUUUUGUAAUAACUAUUUUGAUAGCUUUUUGAAUUUUAUAUAAUAAUAUAUAUUAUUAUAAAAUGUAUAAAAUGUUCACUUUUUCUCUUCUGAUUGGGGGGUGAAUGUAGGAGUAUCUUAAAACAAGGGGUGGGCAAUUCUCUCUCAACAAGACUUUCCUCUCUUUAGGAUUUUUCUCAGUUUUGCUGGGUUUUCUGUCAUGAAGCUUUGGACAUUUUCCACAUCCAAAUAUUGUGUCCAAAAGUGAGCAAAGCGUAUUAUUUAAAUACCUCUGCUCCAAUAGCAUUUACAAACCGAAUGCCAUAAGCAUAUUAUCCUACAGUGGGGAUUGUUUGAAUUUUUUUUGUCUGGAGUAUAAACUGGACAGUGUGUGGUGCUGAUCCUUUUUUAAGUAUAGGCAUGUAUUGUUAUAUUAGCCAACCCCAAAGUAGCAUUGUGGUUUUAAAUGUUUUUACUGUCCUCAGAAUCUUAUCUACCUUCAUCUUGUACUGUAGACGCAUACCAGGUAAACCAAUCUUAUCACACAUUCAGAGUAAUUAAGGUUGGCUUAAUAACAUGUCAUUAGGGAUGUUGUAGUUGAAGCUACAACAUUUCGGAACAGCGUUGUAGCAGAUCUCUUCCAGAGAGCUAUCUUCAGGUGCACCGUAACUUCCUAUUUACCUUUUUUUUUUUAGUGAAGCUGAAACACUUGUUUUUACUUUUUUUAUAUAAUGCUAACAUGGGAAUAAUUAGCAAUAUGUCUUAUUGUAUUAGAGAGGCUUUUUGGCUUCCCCGCAUUUUCAAUGACUACUCAGUAUUUUUCCAUAAAGAGCCAAUAGCAAACAUUUUCAUAGUUUUUGAAAGAACUCCCCAAAUGUUUGAUAUUUUUUUUUUAUAACGUGGUGCUAACUUUUUUGCUUAGGUCAGUAUAGCAUUUAAAAAUGUGAAACCGAAUAGUAGUAAAAUCAUAAACCUUUCGAUUUAAGCCUUUUUGUUUUCCUGAAACAGACCUCAAAAGUGUGAGCUGGCAAACAUUACUGUAUCAAAAUGGUAUCACGUAAACAGAUUAUGACUUGGAUCCUAACUAUGCUUUAUAGGGGCAGGGAAGACCUAUCUGCUGGCUGGUUGCGGGGAGGUGGGUGGGUGUGUUUUCUUUCUGUCCUUGCAGCUGGUCUCCCCUGUUGUCCCCAUGUUCUUCUGGGGAUGUGCUUGUCCCUAGGAAACACGAUUUUCGAAUGCAUAGCAAGCCACAGUGGGGGUGAGGAGGUUAGAAAGUUAACUUCUUUGAGUGCAACUAUUCUCAUAUUAAACAGCUUCCAAGCCUGCAUAUCUUGCUACCCAUCAGUAUACAAGCAUAAGAUGACAUUUAGAUAUAUUUAGGCUUAGCAGAAUGAGAUUUUUUGUGGGGGGUAACUGUUGUCUGGUAUAGAUAACUUUGUUCAUGGAGAGGCAUUGCUACCCUCCGCACUUGACACACUCUGGCCCCUUCCACACAUGCAGAAUAAUGCACUUUCAGUCCACUUUCACAACUGCUUGCAAGUGGAUUUUUCUAUC